AUGGUAAAGGUAGGAGCAUUUGAGCAACAGGUCGAUGAGGAUAUCACCAUCACCGACCCUGCCACUCUAGCUCGGACUGAGAUUACUGAAAAUCAGCCGGCUAAGAUAGAAUGCGAGAUACAAGACGAGGCUCGAUCUCGGGAUCUUGAAUCUGCUACAAAGUGCGAGGAAGAUGCGCAAUGGCAUUUAGACAUAGAAGAACGAUUGAGAAAGGCAUAUAAGGCGAUUCACGAAGCGCCUAUAGAUGACCCACGAGCAGCACCAACCAUGGAGCCGCCCAGAGACCACUAUGACUCAUGA